UCGACAUUUCCAAGACUAAUAUAUCAAUAUUUGAAGAUUUAUUAUCCAUUUGUACCGGAGAACCUAUUUAUAAAAAUUCCACAUGUUUACUUUUUUCAAUGGAAAUCCGUCCAAUAGAAAUCCCUCCUUCUUACGCGCUUUCUUUUUUUAAAACAUAUUUUAUUUAAAUUUAUUCAAUAUGCUUCAAGAUUAUCAAGAGCAUGACCACCAAUACCAGCAUGAAUACAAGGUAUUCAAUGAUUCUAUUCAUGGACAUAUAGAAAUGCAUCCUUUGUGUGUCCAAAUUAUUGAUACCCCAGAGUUUCAAAGAUUAAGAGCCAUUAGACAAUUAGGAGGUUGUUAUUGGGUGUUUCCGGGAGCAGCUAAUAACCGAUUUGAACAUUCUCUUGGCGUAAGUUAUUUAGCGGGACAAUUAAUUCGGCAUUUACAAACCAAACAACCUGAAUUGAAUAUAACUGAAAUCGAUAUUUUAUGUAUCGAGAUUGCUGGAUUAUGUCAUGAUUUAGGUCAUGGGCCCUUUUCUCAUCUAUUUGAUAGACUAUUUUUACGAUAUAUGAAUCCCGAAUCCACUUGGACACACGAAAAAGGAUCGAUUGAUAUGCUUCGCCAUAUACAUAAUAAGCAUGAAGAGCUAAAAGAAAAUUUUUGUAAAUUCGGGAUAGAGGGACGCAAUUUUUUAUUUAUAUUGGAGUUAAUUGCUGGUCCUCUUUGCGAACUCAUGGGAGAAUCGGACACUUUUAAAUGCCAUAAAAUCGACAAAAAUCAAUCUACCCGAGAAUCCAAGCGCAUUAAGCGCAGCAAUUCUAUUUCAUUUAAUCAUUGUGUUAACCCACUACACGAAAAUGGAUGGAAAUAUCUUGGGAGAGAUAAAGAAAAAAGUUUUUUAUACGAGAUAGUUGCUAAUCAUAAAACUGGCGUGGAUGUAGAUAAAUGGGAUUAUUUUGCUAGAGAUUGUCAUCAUUUAGGCAUUAAAAAUAGUUUUGAUCACAAUAGACUUUUAAAAUUUACUAGGGUCAUAAAUGAUGACGAUGGUUUCUUAACCAUAUGCUUUAGAGAUAAGGAAGCUAAAAAUUUAUAUGACAUGUUUCAUACUCGAGACACACUACAUAGGAAGGCAUAUAAACAUAGAGUCUCAAAUAUCAUCGAACUAAUGAUUACUGAGGCGUUGGCUCUUGCGAAUGAUUAUAUAUUCUAUCCUGGUAUAGGAGGUCAAAAGUUGAAAAUGACUGAGGCCAUAAACGAUAUGGUGGCCUAUACACAUUUAACUGAUUUCGUUUAUUACCAGAUAUUAAACUCUGAUAAUCCUAAUAUACUUGAAGCUAAGAAAAUAUUAGAGAGAAUAGAAAAUAGAAAAUUAUACAAAUAUAUAGGAAGAAUAGAAUAUCAUUUGCCAAUCGAACCAACAAAUACAUUAUUGGAGAAAAUUAAAUUGGAGAUUAUUUUACAAUGCAAUUCUGAGCAAUCGUCAAGCUCAAAAUUUAAAUUAAAUGAUAUAGCUCUUCAAAUGGUUGAGUUUGAUUAUGGCAUGGAAGACGAAAAUCCUCUAGAAAAUGUUAGAUUUUAUACUAAAGAAAAUCCCAAUGAAGCUAAAAAAAUUCUAAAAUCAGAAGUUUCAAAUAUGUUGCCUGAGAAUUUCACCGAGAGAUAUUUGACUGUAUAUUCUAAAAAUGUGGAUAAUAGAGUUAAUUCCGUAAUAUCAAAUGCAUUUUCUAUAUGGUGUUCCGAUCACAACAAUUUAAAACUUUUGGUAUAGCGAAUUUUUCGCUCAAUCUCACCCAAGUAAUUCUUCGACUUCGUUCAUGAUUUACGAAUUAUUAAGAAUUAUUUAGAAAGUAUCAUUUUUAAUCUCUCCCGUCAAAACAAUAUUAUUAAAUUAUGUAAUGAUCAAUUUUUAAAAGAAAUAUUUAUUGUAUUUUUUUCAAGUGGCAUAGUAAUUGAUAGUUUAUUGAAUGUAUAAUAUUUGACGUGGGUUUAGAAAUGUAUAAUGAUUUCCGAUACUUAUUCUACACUUUCACCUAGAGUUGUGAAUCCAUGCACUAAAAAAGGUUUGGGUUGGGUUCAGUAUCCCCGAACCUGGUUGAGAGCACAGAAAAAUAAAGAAUUAGAAAAUUUAUUUAAAUUAACAAAUAUUAUAUUUGGUAUAUUAUUAAUUUAUUCCUACAAUUUUUGAAUGUAAAAACGAAUAUAUGUUAAUUGUUUUAUUAUGUGAAUUAAAAAUGGAAGGCAUUUUAAAAAAUCAUUAGCAUACAUUACUUAAAUAUCGUAGAUAUAUCAGCAAUUCACUCUUUUAAAGAAAUCUACCUUUAAAAAAAAGCUAAAUGUUAAAAUUAAAAUAAAUUCUAGAUGCCCAAAACCUAGCUGGCAGGGCAACUUGUUUUUAAUAAAUUAUUUUCCCUUUAAUUUUGUUAUUUUAUUUGGUUUUACUUUUAAUUUAAUAAUUUAACGAACAAAAUAAAUAUUCCUAAAUAUUAUUUAUGAUAUAAAGUUUUACAAAAUGAUGGUGGUAAAAAUUAAAUUAAAAAUUUUUUACAUAAAAUCUAUUAAAAAUAAUUCAAUGAACAUGUUUUUAAGAAAAAAUAGAAAAACAAUUCCUGAUUCAAUCCUUAAAUUUAAAAAAUGGACUCGAGUUCAAUAAAAUCUUGAGAUUUUGAUUCUCAGCUUUCCAAGAGAUCUUCAGAUAAUGAGAGGAAAUUUUUUAAUAAAGGAAAUGGCGAGGUUGAAUUGGAAUACUAAAAAGGCAUUAUAUCACUUAAAACUCAGUCUGGUUUAUAUGGUUCCUAAACAGAUUUAAAAAAUAACAUUUAAAACAUAACCUACGGAUAUAAAUAAGGUUUUUGGUGAUUAUUGUUUGAAGAGAUAAGAAACUAUCAUAUAAAAGAGGGAUGUAAAUUUAAUUCCAAUCAGUUCAAAAGAAACGAUGAUGAUUGCUGUAAAUAAGGAAGAAAUAAUUAAAUAGAAUUGAAUGAACUAAGUUAAUAGAGCUGAAUACUAGACUAAGUGAUUACCAAUAACGGAAUCAAUCAAUACUUUGGAAAUAAAAAUUAUCUAGGUCAAUAGGUAAUAAUUUGUGAAUUUAAUUAUAAGAAUAUUUUCUUUAAUAAAUAAGCAUAAAUUAGUUGUAUAAAUUUCUUCUCAAAUUCAAAUGUAGUAUGUAUUUAUUUGUUAAUAAAUUUAUAAAUAAUCAUCAGAUAUCAAUGCCUACUUAACAUUUUAAAGCUAUGCAAAAUUUAAAUCAAUGCCAUUCAUUACCUCUAGAUCUCUUAUAACGUCAUUUAUAUUAUAUAGUAUUUAAAAAAAUUGCAAUAAAAUUAUACAACGCGAUAUUUAUAUCUAUUCAAUUUAUUUCCAUUAUACACAAAUUAUAAAUCUUUAUUUUAAUUUUUUUUAAAUGUUCUUAUUCAAUACUCUUAAUU